UUCACCCGCAAACCAAAAAUUCGGAUUUCUCUUUUCACUCUUCUCUUGUUGUUGUUCAUCGAGUCUCGGAAACCCUCAUCGCUAGGUUGCUUGUGGUUGAUCACCGAGUCUCGGAAACCCUCGUUCCUUUAAAACGAGGCAAAGAGACUCGCUGCGAUUCUGCAAUCGUUGAUCACCGUCGAAAAGGUUGGAGUUUGAAUUGAUUUGAAGUAGUCACAAUGAGAUUCAAGAAGGGAAGUAAGGUGGAGAUCCUAGGCAAAAACGAAGGGCUUCCUGUGGAAUGGCGUUGUGCUCGAAUUAUUUCUGGUAAUGGGCGCACUUACAGUAUCCAGUAUGACUGUUCUAGCAUGACAAGUGAGGAGGCCAGUGUUGAUAGGGUUCAAAGGAAGGCCAUCAGACCAUGCCCCCCUCUUAUUCAAGGCACUGGGAGCUGGAAAUCUAAUGAUUUUGCGGAGGUUUAUGAUGCUGGUUCAUGGAGAGCUGCUACUGUUUUGAAGUCCAUAGGCCAAGACUUUUACUUGGUUAGGUUGUGGUUGUCUUGCAAGGAGUUUAAGGUGCACAAAGUUGACAUGAGGAUACGCCAAUUUUGGCAAGAUGAUCAAUGGACCCAAGGGAUCCUUAACCCAGUGGCCCUAGGUGAAUCUGCAGCAGGGAAGACUAGGCGGAAUUUGAUUUCAAACAACUAUACGGUGAUGCCUGAAGUGCAACAAGCUAGAAAUUCUUGUUUACCAGGAUCAGAUGCCAGUGAUCUCCUGGAGCCUCAUCUAACCCCAACAGUGAAGAGAGUGUUCCCUUAUGGCUCCUCUCUUGCUGAGGAUUAUCCCAGGAAAAGGAGGCUUGUUGUCAAUAUGGGUGAGUGUGACAGAAUCAGAGCACCAACCACAGCCCCAUUGCUGGAAAAGGUAGAUGCUAUUGCUUACCCACAAAAUAAUAUGGGUGAAAAAUACUUGCAUUCUUCCUUUACUCAUAAUAUCAAACAAUAUUAUGAAAUUAGGGAGGACACUCUUUUUGAAAGAAUUGAAGAACCAGAUUACUCUUGUGGUGGUCUGAGUUCAGUUGGCAGUUGUAGUGUGACAAGUUGUAGUUCAAAUAAAUUUUUCAGUGAUACAUUAGCAGGUCCUUCCCAGUAUGAAGAUGAACUUUGUAGUGAUGCGGAAUCUGUAGAUGUUGGAAAUGUGGAUGGGGACAAAGGAUGCACCGAUUCUCCGAAAGAGGGCCAGGGUAGGAGGCUUGCUUGCCUUGCUUCCAAUGGCUAAAUACAAUGGCUAGGUUUGCCUCUUUUCUCUCCGCAAAUUAAUUGGUGACAUCUACCAAUGAUUUUCUUGCAGAGAUAAGAAAUUUCUGACUACUGUUUGCUCUGUUUCCUAAUAAUAUAGUUUGUUUCAGGUCUGCUUUGAACUCUCGUCAUGUCAUGUCAGAACAUGAGCUUUUUUAAAUCUGCGGACACAGCACUUACAUGGAAGAUCCUCUUUAGUACAUAUGAUCAGAUAACUGCUGUUUAUUUCACUAGUUUGCAUGCUGUGUCAAUUAUCUUCGUGUGACUAUAACACUUUAUCAUGUAAGUUGAAAAGCAAGUUAUGCUAGGAUGUAACAGUGUUAUUAGGGUUGUUAAUUGUGCUGCCACAUGGUGUCAGGUGAUCUCCAAGUGAUUUAAGGGCUGUACAGUGCGACUCUAAAUCACUGUUACUUUGUUUGAUGGGUAAAAACCAUACUCCGUCCCCAUUUUUGUGUGACCCACAUAGUUCUUAAGGGUUCUUUGGUCAUUUCUAUAGUGCACCCACUCCUCUUAGGGUUUUUACCCUAAGUCUCCCACUCUCCUUUGUUCGUGAAAUGCAUCAUCUUCACGAAUGUUUUAAAAAUUAGACCGGUGUUUGAAUCGGAGAAGGCAUUGAUUUAGAGUUUUUUUGUUCGGCCACAGUUAUCUGUUAAUAAUUAAAUAUAUGUUUUUAAUAUCAUAAUAUUUCAAUUGACUAACCAACGUGAAUUUAAAAAUAUCAAGAUAUAUAAAUCUUUAAAUUAAUAUAAAUAGGCCUUAUUGUAUUUUGUAAGAAAAAGAAAUAAUAAUAGGUUAAAUGGUGCUCACUUUUACAGAAAUAUUAUAUAUUUGUUCUUUCUAUUUCUUGAGAAUUGUUUUGUAUUGAAUAUAGAUUUUGAAAAAUUUAAAAAGACUACAAUCCUGUUCUUUAGCGUUGUUUUUAAUUGGUUUCAACCGUUUUUAGACUAGGUUGACCGGUUCUCUACUAAUUUCUUUGCCAUCUGAAUUUUUGACCUGACUAGUUCACUGGUUGUCCAAUGGAGUCGACAAGUCCGGUCCAAUUUUUCAAACAUCGGUCUUCAUUUCCCAAUCCAUUAUCCAUUGGUUUGGUUGUCUCUCUUCUAUCCCGUUCUUCCAUUUUUUUUAAUGUUUGUUUGUGUGGUGUAUUACUGACUGUAUUCUACCCUCCACAGCCCUCUGUUUUCGCAUCUCUGUGACCUCUCUUGUUAUGUUUUUUUCUUUUUUGUUGUAUAUUUUGGUGAAUGUGCAUUUGUUUCUAUGACUUCUUAUCAUUAUUGACUAAUAUGUCUUUAAUUUAUGGUAACUUUUUUUUUUUAUCUAUGUACAAUUUAGAAAAAGGUUAGGGUAGCUCUUGUAAAUAGUUAAGGCAAUUGUAUGUUAGAUAGGUUGCGUGAGUAAGUGUUAUUAUACCUAUGUCUUGCUAUGGUAAAUUAUUUUGAAAUUAAGGUUGAGUUUUUUUGAAUUUUCUUUUGCUGCCAUGUGUUCCGGUCCACAGGAAAAGGUGUACAUGCUUCUGAAGCAAGCCCCCUUCGUGGCCUCACGAUAUUGUUGGCAGGUACUGGAUGAAAAUUGUUUAACACUUGUAGGAUCAGUUUUGGAUUUUAUGUUGAAAAUUUACCGCAUCUAAUUAUUGUUUAAGAAACACAAAUAAGCAUGCACUUGUGUCUCCAAAUAUCUGCUUUUCAUUUUUCUCGCUUGAGCAGUUUCUGUGCAUGUAGAUAUCUCUUCAGAUGCUCAAAAUGUCUGACUUCACUUUUUUAUUCCAUUAUCAAAGAUUCUCAGUUUGUCUUUUUUCUAUUGAUUUGGAUUCUGACACCGCAUUAUUUUGUUAAUUUAUUUUUUCAUUGAGGCUGAGUUCAUUCUGUUUUUCUCUCCAAUUAAUAAUGAUGCUUGUAGAGUUCACCACUGUCUAAUUAGAUGCCAUUGCUUUCCUGGUAAGUAACUUUUUGCUAUCAGAUUUUUUUUUUAAACUUUAGCUUGUAGCCUCGAUAUUGAUGAAUAAAACCCUGUACUUGUAAAUAUAUUCUAAAAUUCAUCUAGGUUAGUUAUUCUUGUUACGCAGAUUUUUUUUUCUGUUUAUACUCUUAAGACUCUUUUUAUUACUGCAGCUAAUUAAGCUUUGACUUGCAUAUAUCAAAAGGCUAUUGGAAAGGUAUCAUAAGAUGAUACGAACAAGUAACUUAGAUGCAUACUGAAUUUGUUUACCUGCAUUUCACAUAUAAAGUCUGACUUGUUUUCUUAAUAUGAAUCAUGGCUCUCUAUUUAGUAUUUACAGUUCAAACAUCAGUGCUAACCCUUCAAUUGACAUUAUAUAACAAUGACGACAAUAACAAAAACAUAAACAAAGACCUUUUCCUACAAGGUAGGCCGGGUACAUUAAUCAUAGUGUAAUGCCUUGUCAUGUAAUAAGGCGCAAAAAAUCCUCGUCAUUGUCAAACAAAUUUAACCAUGCUGCUAUAUCAUCUUUGGACCUGCUAUAUAAUGCCAAAAAGGUAUUUAAAAUAUACAACAUUUGCAUACAAAUGCAGCUGCUAGCGUAAAAAAAGAGAUUUACUCGUGUUAUGAGAAUGUUGAUAGUAUUAUCCUAAGUUGAUAUAAUUGCUGUCAUCUAUUUACUAAGAAAUUUAGCGCUUAGUGCAUGAGAUUAUCUUGUCCUAAUUCAUACAGAUUUGCUCGUGUUUGUUCAGGGUGUCUGGAAACCCAAUGUUUUUUUUCCUUCACGUUUAGGGAUUUUGAGGAUUGAAAGUGUAUUCAAACAUGUUAUUUAUCUCAGCUGGUUGUCAAGGGCACCUAUCUGAGUUGGCUGUCAAGUGCACAUGGGUUACAAUUUUUGUUUUUUGAUUUAGUACCAAUAUUUGGCUCGUAAGUUGAGUUUGUAAUUUAUUUGAGUUCAUGUUCUGUAUAUCUUUAGAAUAACGAAACCUUCUAUUUCUAGUCACAACAAUUAUCAUUA